GCCCCUCUUUCCUCUCGUGGCGUCACCUGGGAGUUGAUGCCGCGCGAGUCGUUCCCGGUCACGUAGUCCACGGCCUCCCUCUCCGCUGUCGUCAUCGCGGAGCUCUUCCUGACAGGCGGCCGCUCCGCUUCCUAUCUGUGAGCGGCAACCCAAAGCUCCAAUCGGAUGGAGAGGAUCCGAGGGGGCUGGUGAAGUUCUCGCCCCGCCCACCAGCAGGACCCAGCCUGGAGCUGUUAGCAACUGUCUGCGGCCGCAGCUGCAUCAGCAGCAUUUGCACGGGGGCUGUCUUUGCUUUCGGCGGUCUGGCUUUCUCUUGUGCCGAGGUAACUGGUGGUCAGAGCAGUUUUCAAUAUUCGCAUGGGGAUUUCAACCAGCCCAAAGUAAUAUAAUGGAGAAUAAAUUACUGGUGCAUGGCGGCAGUUUAGGCUUGUUUUGCUAUGCACCCUUUUAAUUUUAGUCUUGGGCUUGGAUGUUGCUAUUCUUGUUGUUGUUAACUAUUAUUAACUAUUAUUAUUAUUAAUUAUUAUUAUUAUUGUUGUUGUUAACUAUUAUUAACUAUUGUUGUUAGCUGCCCUGAGCCCGGUCUUGGCUGGGGAGGGCAGGGUAUAAAUAAAUUAUUAUUAUUAUUAUUAUUAUUAUUAUUCUGUUCGCCUUGCCUCUUUCCCUGAGUAUUUCUCAAACUUGCGCGGGCAGCUCUUGUUGGACUACAACUCCCAUUAUCCCUACCUAGCGGGACCAGUGGUUGUGUGUGUGAUGGGAGUUGUAGUCCAGCAACAGCUGGGUACCCAAGUUGGAGAAACACAGUCUGAGGCUUAAAAAGGGAUGGUGUUUGGAGCUAGAUUUUGGAGAUUUGGUCUUUAGUCCAGUGACCAUUGUCAUGGAUGAGAUUCUUGCAUUGCGGGGGGUGGGGUGGGAUGGGGUCCGCUAGAUGACCCUCAAGGGUCCCUUCCAGGUCCAUGGAGCUGCUUUGCACUGAGCCAGGCCAUAGGUCUAAUCUAGCUCAGGACUAUCUGUGUACAGAAUUGCACUGACUUGCAGCCGUACAAGGUGCUGGUGUCAGGGGGAUUUAUAGGUUGUUUCUGCUUGUGAUCUGAGUCCGCGUUGGAUCUCUGUAUCCAGUGAUGUAUUUUUAAGUGCACAUGUUGUGCCGUUUUUGGUUCAGCCGUAGAAACUGGUGUCAAUAUAGUUGGAAGUUAUGAAGAUCAUUUUUGUGUGUGCAAAAGCACAAAAAUUGGAGAAGGUAUUUUAAAAUAGAUUUUUUUUAAAAGAAAAUGUUCAAAGCUAUGCUAUCUGAGUAAUAUCAGCCAACACCUUGUAAAUACUCCUUUACCAGGCUUUGCUUUUGUGCGUGUAACAGCAGCUGGAUUCACAAACAAUUAGAGUAUUGCAAUUAGGUGAUCGUUCUGGGUUCUUCCUGCAGAUUGCCUUUGAUCAAACUGUUGUUUAUGCUUUAAAGGCUCAAGAGUAGGACAGGCAUUUGACCCCUUUUGGCUGGUAAUCCCACCUGUUAUGUAGGUCAAUAUGCAGCACGGGGGCUGGACUGAGUGUGGGGCUGCCAGAUGGAAGAGGCCUGAACAUUUUAUAGCUCUGUAGGAGAGAUAAUUUUGUCAUGCAGAGUGCUUAAAUUCUCUUGCCUACACCAUAAAAGGUGCAGGACCCCUGUCUAAGGCAGGGGCCAAUGGUUAGAGUGUUAGACCAGGACUGGGAAGACCAUUAAAUUAUUGGUCACUCAUAUUCCCUUUUUGCCUGGUUUACCACAUGGGGUUAUUGGAAGGAUAAAAUGAGGGAUUCAGUGUCUGCUACCCUGAGCUAUUUGGAGGAAGGGCAGGUUAACACAACUGUUAAAAGCACUGGAGCCCUGUUCUCCUUUGGACCUGGGUUGGGAGAAGGAAUAGAGAGCAACAUUUGGUUCAAAAAUGUCAACAGCUGAUGACUGCAUGUGCAUCAUCUCCAAGCCCCUUCCAAACCAUCCUGCCCAUAUAUUUGUAAUAGUGAAGAAGCCUGUCUUGUUUGUACACUGAUGCAGUGGCGUAGCGUGGGUUGUCAGCACCCGGGGCAAGGCAAGUAAUUUGCGCCCCCUAACCCGUGGAUUUGCGCCCCCUAACCCCCAGAUGUUGCGCCUGGUGCGGCCGGCCCCCCCUGCACCCCCCACGCUACGCCACUGCACUGAUGUUCUUUGCAGAAACGGUUUAUCCUGGAUUGCCCCUGUGUUUUGUUCUCCAGGAGCCUCAUGGGAACACUGGGAUGUUCUCUUUUAACCUCUAGGACAGAUCAGGUGACAGUGGUAACAAAAAGAACAUUCUCGCCUGUGUGUGCUGCAUUUUAACAGAACCAAUUAGUUCUUGUUUUCUGUCCUCACUAGACAGUUAGAUAACUACAGUAGUACUGGGUUGUUUCUGCAGCACUUUGAAAGCUUCUCUUUAGGAUUUCCACCUUCUUUUCCCUUGAACAGCUGCAGAGAAAGUAGGAAUUCAAGAUCAGAUUUUUGUUUUAUCGAUGUAGAGAUGUAGUGAUUCUUGAAACAUCACUCGCUGUUUUUAUUCUAAAGGCACAAGUUCCAUGCCAGAAAUAUGGUGACAGACCUUAUUCUGAGACUGAGCAUGUGAGAGGUAGAGUUAUCUGUCUGUAGCCCUAACCUUGUGCCCAUUUUACAGCAGAUAAAGCUUUACAGAAAUAUUUUUUUUUUUUGAGAAAAGCUCUUUAUCUGCUCAAUUUCUGCAUAAAGGCACAGAAGCAGGACAACUGUAGCAGAAUUAGGAGCCUAAAUACAGUGCCUAAAGAGCUUCUCCAAAGAAAUCUGUGUUUACUUGAACUUGAGAGGGGAAAUGAAAAUGGAAGCUAUAGGGACCUGUCAUGUUAAAGGUUAACCUUGUAGAGGAACUUGGCAGGUAUGACUUCUGUUAAUAUCACUGUGAGGCACUUAGUCAGCUGAAGGCCUUUGGAUCCCUCCUCUGGGAGUUCAUGGCAGAAAGAGUGAUAGCGUACAGGUGACCAUUCUGUUGCUUUCUGUAUCAUUCAUCUGAGUGUUUUUCAAACUUGGGUCUCCAGCUGUUGCUGGACUACAGGUCCCAUAAUCCCUGACCACUGGUCCUGCUAGCUAGGGAUGAUGGGAGUUGUAGUCCAACAGCAGCUGGCGACCCAAGUUUGAGAAACACUGACCAUUUGACCAAGUUGAUAUCCAGUGACUGCAAGUAAGCAAGUGGUAGCUUGGCUCACAGAACAUAAGCAGAAAUCAACAGCAAGAUGAGUGUUUGCGUGUUAACAUUGCUGGAUGCCUCCGCCCGGGGUCCACAUUGCCAUGUAGCUGUGUGUGUUUGUCAUCUAUUUCCCCUGCUCCAUUUACCAGAUUGCAAGUGCAAUCCUAUUCACGUCUACUAAGAAAUAAGAAUCACUAAGAUCUAUGGGGCUUGUUCCCAGAUAAAUGGGCAUAGCAUUGCAGCAUAAAUGCCCUCACCAAAAGCUGCUAUUUGUCCUGCAAAUAUAUGUAAUAUCAUACAGGGACCCUAUGGAUACUGAUAAAUAUUUUUUUGGAAGGCAAAUACAGUGGUACCUCGGGUUACAUACGUUUCAGGUUACAUACGCUUCAGGUUACACACUCAGCUAACCCAGAAAUAAUGCUUCAGGUUAAGAACAGAAAUCGGGCUUCGGCGGCGCUGCAGCAGCAGGAGGCCCCAUUAGCUAAAGUGGUGCUUCAGUUUAAGAACAGUUUCAGGUUAAGAACAGACCUCCGGAAUUAAGUACGAAUUAAGUACUUAACCCGAGGUACCACUGUAGCAGGGAGGGGGGAGGUGAUUUAAAUUGUGGAAAUAGUGUGUGUAUGAGGAAGGUUUAAAAACUCUUUCCACUCCAAUCCCACACCUGGCUGCCUUGAUCUAAAGGGAAGAGUUGGAAGAUCCUAUUCUCAGAUCUCCAAAAUCCGUGUCUGAAUGUGUAGCUACAUCCCAGUUAUUCCACCCACUCCCCAUUGUGCAGAUGGUGGUGGUGGAUUAAGUCAGACCAGGAAGAAAUACCCCAUUUCUGGUUUAUAGAAAAUAUUAGACUGCAUGCCUCACCACUUCUGUUAAAACCAACCAGUAGUCUUCAGAGCCCAGAAGUGCUGCUUAAUUUGGGAAUAAAUGGACUGAAACCUUAAGCCAAUGACAAUAUACACGCAAAUCCCAUUUUGACGCAACUCAGAUGUCUCUUAAUGGGAUGCCUGUUCAACAGUGGACAGACUUGGUUUGCUUUGCACUCUGGAGAAAUUGUGGCCCUGCAGCUUGGCUUCACUGGGAACCGCAUGUCACAGAGAGCGCUGUAAUUUUUGCAGACAGCUGAAACCUAGCGUUGGCCCAGCAGGAGGAACUGAUUAUGUAACAGGCCUUUCUCCCAUCUCCAUGCUGUUUGGGUAUGAAAACUGGAAAUUGAACAGCAAACAGGACUUGGGCUUUAAGCAAAGUUUGAACUUCAGAGUUCAGUUGCCUGAAGUUUCUCAGAAAACAACACAGUUAUCUAUACUUAUUAUUUUUAUGCAGUAGCAAGUAGAUAUUUUCUAGCCCCAGCUCUAUGAUUCUAGUAUCAUGUUGGGAAAGUUGUGGUUAGAAUGCUUCUCCCUAACAUGCCAGGUGCCAGAGUUCAAGGAUUCCUGUAAUUUUGGUUUUGUUGUGUAUGGAGGAGUAUUCACUCAUCUGAACUCAUAGCUCAGACACAGUUUUACCACCUCUGGGAAUACUAAUAUUUGAUUCUUCCCCCCUGACCCCGACCCUAACUUCAGUAGCUUUCAUGGUGUUUUCUUUUUCUCUUUUAAUAUUGCAGCCUACCUAUAAAGUCUUUUGCCUCAUAUUUGUGUAGGAUGAAUGCAUUUGCAAUGGAUAAGGUGAGUUCAAAUUGUUUUUAUCUUUCUCUUGUUUUAAAGCAGAUUGUUGCAUGAUUAUUUUUUAUGUGCUCUUGUCUCCUGCCUUUGUAGCUUGGCAGGUGUCUGGGAUGGGUUGGCCGAGCAAGCCAUGAUAAAGCAAUGUGGUUGGAUUUGGGCAUAAUGUCAUACCACACUUAAAUAGAGUUAUGGUUUGUAAGCCAACAAUAAACAUAGAUUAGCAUCAUGGGUUAUUGGCAGAAAAUAAACUAGGGUCAGCCCAUUGAACUGGGUUCACAUAUUCAAACGAACCUGUAGUUAGGCUGGACCAGUGAUGGUGUAGCGUUAUGUGCAAACCAGGUCAGUGUCUAGAUCAUGCACCAGCUCCAUUUUGAUUGCUAGCACCAGUGGAUGUGGCACCCUGCUUCUUUUGGGUUUGAAUUUCCAUUAGGUUUGAGCAGUCCUGUUAUUCGAAUGCGUCUUCAGUGUUACAAUUCCAGUGGUGCAGUCAGAAGGUCUAUUAUGAAGAAACUGUAAUCAGUGAAAGCUGGAGCUGAAGAAGUGUGAUUUAUUAAAACCUGCACAAACCCAAUGACUUAUUGGUAUAUGAAUUAAGCUGAUUUAUUGGGAAUUAAGCUAGUUUAUUUGGAAAUGGUGGAGUCCUGCGGAGGUGCUAAUGAGUCUCAAGGCAGCAGAAGAACAAGCACAAAAAAAUGUCCUUGCUUAAUAGCUGUAUUUUUGAGAUAUGGAGAAAGAGGGUCACGCCCACUGACCCCUGGACCUUUCCCCAGCAAUAGGUAAAGGUAAAGGGACCCCUGACCUUUAGGUCCAGUCGCGGACGACUCUGGGGUUGCUCAUCUUGCUUUAUUGGCUGAGGGAGCCGGCGUACAGCUUCCGGGUCAUGUAGCCAGCAUGGCGAACCAGAGCAGCGCACGGAAACACCAUUUACCUUCCCGCCGGAGCGGUACCUAUUUAUCUACUUGCACUUUGAUGUGCUUUCGAACUGCUAGGUUGGCAGGAGCAGGGACCGAGCAACAGGAGCUCACCCCGUUGCAGGGAUUCGAACUGCCGACCUUCUGAUCGGCAAGUCCUAGGCUCUGUGGUUUAACCCACAGCGCCACCUGCGUCCCACUUCCCCCAGCAAUAAACCAGCUUUGUUAGAAAUACCCACUGUAUUAGGCAUAUCCUAAUAUGGGCAUGUUCUAGUCAAGGUAUUGAGCCCUCUCCAGGCAUUUAAAAAGAACAGAUGAGGUCUCAAACCUAGGAGGGAGAUGGGAGCAUGGACAGUCCAAACGCACCAGGAGAGGUUGCUCCAUAGGGUUGCUUGUUGCAAGAUCGCCACCUGUUAAGUUGUAUGUGCUUCAGAGCUCCGUUCAGACCUUCCUGCUCAGUGUGGGAGCAGGUGUGCGCACACAUACACCACACAAACCUCCUCCACAGGUUGAACCUCAGAUGUUCUUUUUGAACACUUGAAAAAUGGCUAUUGUGAGAUGAAAAUAUGGCACUGCCUCUACAUUUUUGAAUCUUGGAACUGGCUUUGUUUCCCCAUAUCACACAGACCUUGUAUGUUAUCUCACUGUUCCCAGACAACUAGGUGCCACUUCUGCUGUGCUGUUGUAUCACGUGAUAGCUUCUGUGCGCCAUAAUGGCAGAGGCCAGGUCCCUGCUAUGUCUGAAUUAAAUCCAGACAUGUCUGCUGCCUUGCGGGAUAUCUUUGGGAGAAGGAAAGGCUAAGGAGUAAACCCUACGCAAAUCUGAAGUGGAGUCCCAAAGAUGUUUGGAUGGCACUUUGUACGCCUCCUUCCAGCAACUCCUGCAGCCCAGCUGGUGCCAAACAUAUUGCUCUGCUUUCCUUUGGACCUCACCAGCCCAGGCUGCCCUGGCUUGCCCCCCAGGCAGGUCACUUCGGUGCUGCAAACACAGUGGUUUGACUUCACCCCCGGAGGCACACUCCAUUGCCUCUCAAGACAGAUGGGUGCCAUCAACAAAUGAUUAGGCAUGUUUAAUACUGUAGCCUUUGAGAUUUAUAUAAUGUCCUGAAUUGAGCUAGAGGCACAUGAUGGAUUUGAGGGCACGGAGGUAGGGAUCUUAUUCAAAAGCAAUAUAGAUAGCUGUGUUUGCUUGAAUACACUUUUUGUGUGUGUGUGGAAUCUAGGUAAGUUGUAUAAGGAUAUAGCAAUGGAUUACAAAAUGUAAUUGAUAUGUUCGUAUUAGAUUGUGGAUUACCAGGGGUAAAUAGAAAUUACAGGGCGUGGGAGGAUUGACUGGAAAGCAGAUAAGGUGAUCAGAAUUUCAUAUGUGCAGGAGAAGGAAUUUGAUAGAUCAGGAGAUGCACAUUGCUGGUUUCAAUACGCAAUCCUGCAUUUGCCAAUUUGAGGGCUGGGUUUCAUUGGGUGUGUGUUGCAGGUAUUGUUUGGCCGCAAGGAACUUUAAUUGUGUCAUCCUGGGUCGUCUUCUGCAACAGGCACAUUGAGCAUGUUGUCGCUGAUUGGGUGGAACAGCCUUCCCCAACCUGGUGCCCUCGGUUUUGGGCUGAGGGGAGUUGUAGACCAAAACAUCUGGACAGCACUAAAAAACCAAUAAGCCCCUCCCCCAAACACAGCUGAAGUUUCUGAACCAUCUUCAGAGGCAGCCCUACAUAUGUCGCAUUGCAGUAAUCAAACCUAGAGGUUACCAAAGCAUAGACAACAGUGGUCAGGCUAACCCUGUCCACAUAGGGGCACAACUGGGCCACCAGCUGAAGCUGGUGGGAGGCACUCUGUAGCAGCAAAGGACCCAGAAGUACCAACAACAACAACAAUAUAUUAUUUAUACCCUGCCCAUCUGGCUGGGUUUCCCUAGCCACCCUGGGCGGCUUCCAACAAAAUAUUAAAAUACAGUAGUCCAUCAAACAUUAACGGUUCCUACCUGGUGGAAUGCUCUGUCCCACGAGACUAUGUCCCUGCAGGACUUGAUCUCCUUCCGCAGGGCUUGUAAGACAGAGCUAUUCCGCCUGGCCUUCAAUUUGAAUUAGCCUGAUCCUCUGUUCCCUUUUCCCUUUCCUUUUCUAUGAAGAAACCUGUCAGGGAACUGCCAUCGGAAGGAAGGGAGGUGAAAGGGCUCACACAGGUUGGGAGAGACUCAGCAGCUGAAGAGGGAACCAGUAGGGGGAGAGGAGCUGAGCUGAGGGAAAGUGAGCUGGAGGGAUGGCUCAGAGACACUUCCAGCGAAAACAGUGGGGAGGUUUCAGGACCUCCUGUAGGAACACCCACUCCUCGCCGGAAACUGUCACGCAGAGAGUCCAGAAGACGUGUUUCCGUUAAGGAGCUUUUAUGUUGGAAGCGAUUCCAAAGCAACCACUGUCGGAAUCUGCUAGUGACUAGAGGAGCCAUGUCUGAAGGGCUCCGUCACAGACAGAGGUUUGUGGACUUGAACAAACUCUGAGGGGAUACUAUUUUACGCACAAGCAGCUCAUCAUCCCAUCACAAAACCCUUUCUGGGACCCCACAUUUAAAUUCUUCCCUGGUCUCCUUGCUGGCCCUAGUAGGACCAACUUGGCCAGUUAGCCUUGUUGGUCAUUUGAUGUUUACUGAUUGGGGUUUUCCCCCCCAAAAAAAUGACCCCUGAUUUUUUGAAUUUUAUUGAUAUUGAUGCUGCAUUUAUGUUGUAUUUUAUGCUGUUUUUAAGUUGCAUCUUUAGUCAAUGUUUUAUAUUUGCUGUUAGCUGCCCUGAGCCCGGUUUUUAAACCGGGAAGGGCGGGGUAUAAAUAAAAAAAUUAUUAUUAUUAUUUGUUAUUAUUAAAAGCUUCCCUAAAUAGGGCUGCCUUCAGAUGUCUUCUAAGUCUGGUAGUUGUUGUUCUCUUUGCAUACCCUCUCCUUCAGAGGGAGUGUAACCCCAUCAAGAGCAGGCAACAUCCCAGCUACCCGGUCUAGCAAACCACCCACUAAUCGUGCUUUUAGCACUAGUCUUCAGUUUACAUGUAGGCCGAACGUAUCAGUAAUCGCCAUUGCUGUGCUUGAACUGAGAGUGCAGUGGAGGGAACGCCCAAUGUCCUUCUACAUGUUACAGAAUGGUGGAUGAGCUGCCUUCAUCUCUCAUUGCUGAAAAUCUAAUAGGGCAACUCGUGACAAGAUUCUGUGGGUCUCCAGGGUUCACCACAACACAGUGACCCAAAGCGUUUGACCUAUGUGUUCCUUCUCUUUAUUAGAUGGCCUAUCAUUAGAUGCUACUCCUGUUGCAAACCCAAGGAAGUUGCAGCCAAAAUGGCCAAGUACAAACUGAUCCUCUUGAGGCACGGCGAAGGGGCCUGGAACAAAGAGAACCGCUUCUGCAGUUGGGUGGACCAGAAGCUGAGCAGCGACGGGAUAAAAGAGGCUCAGAACUGCGGCAGGCACCUCAAAGCUCUUGGCAUUGAGUUCGACCUUGUGUUUACAUCCAUCCUCAGCCGCUCUAUUCAGACUGCCUGGCUUGUGCUGGAGCAGAUGGGGCAGGAGUGGGUCACCACUGAAUCUUCCUGGAGGCUGAACGAGCGGCACUACGGUGCCCUGAUAGGCCUGAACAGGGCAGAGAUGGCGCUGAACCACGGCGAGGAGCAGGUGAAAAGGUGGAGGAGGAGCUAUGACGUCACCCCGCCUCCCAUCACCGAGUCCCACCUUUACUACCACGAAAUCUACAAUGAUCGCAGGUAUAAGCACUGCGACGUACCGUUGGAGAAACUCCCGAGGGCAGAAAGCUUGAAAGAAGUGCUUGAUAGACUCCUUCCCUAUUGGAACGAGAGGAUAGCUCCGGAGGUGAAGAGGGGCAAGACGGUUUUAAUUUCUGCUCACGGGAACAGCACGCGCGCUUUGCUGAAACAUUUGGAAGGUAAUGUAGUGCCACUAAUUUGUUCUAAAUGUGGUAUAAACAUUGGGGACCAUCCUGUCUUCUUUGGCUAUUCGUUCAGGAAUAAAUUCUAUCUCUCUGUCUCUCAAAUUAAAAAGGGCACAGUUAUACUAUUAGUUUUAUAGCAGUUUUAACUUUUGUGGCUUCUCUCGAAAAAUCUUGAGACUCCUAGGUCAGCAAGCAUCCUGAGAAUUCUCUGUUGGAGACCUCUCGUCUUCCUUGGAGGACUGCCUUGCCCUGGUUCCAUAGAGGGAAGGACUGCCUAUUGCGUUUCUUUGUCUGUAGUGUGCAUAAGUUCGUAGAUCAGGGAUGGGGAAAUUUGUGGCCUUCAGAAGUUCCAUUGGCUUUCGUCUGCAUGGCCAACAAUCAAGGGUGAUUGGUUGUGGGAGUCCAACAGCCUUUGGAGGGCCACCGGUUCCUCAUCCCUGCUUUAGAAAACAAAAUACUGUAUAUGCUUCUUUAGCCUUGUGAGCUAGCUAGCCAGAUGGCCGUUGCUGACAAUCUCUGGAGCAUUCUCGAGUUUGCAGAGUUAUUUGCAGUGAUUCUUGCCCUUGCCAUCUUCCCAGGAAAUCUGUGGACCUAAGUUAUGCAGCGGGAGGUUGUGUUGUGUGUGUCUUUUGUGAUGUUCUGACAGCAAAGCAUUUUCCCUCUGCCCCACUCUCAUGGCCUGUUCAGAGAGGAAGCGCCCAUAGCCCUGGUUAUGACACAAAUAUGUUCACCCCUGCUUACCUUACCAGCGUUGUGCUGUUGCCUACUCUCCAGCGCAGUAGAUGAAUGGCGAAAACAACCGCUGGAGCUGAUGCCAUGUUUUCCUUUUGCGUGCGAUAUUUCCCCGUGACCAACUGAUGAAAAUGAAACGUUCGUAUUUAGAAAUGGCUUAUUCAAACAGACCUCACAGGAACAAGGUUUCCCAAUAUCAAGCCUUUCCCAAUAUCAAACCUACCCAUUGAUUGCCAACAAAACACGCAGGGCUCAUUUCUGCAGGUGUCAGCCAGUUCCUCAGAAGGCUGAGGGGGUGGACGUUGGUUGUUAAUGCAUCUAGGCCAUUGCCAGACUCAGACAAGGCCUUUUCAGCAGAGGUGGCUCCAAGUCUAGAGGCCUCUAUAAAUCAAAGCGACAUGUCCUCAUGUACUCCUUUGGUCCCUGCCCAAGCUAUAGGCUGUAAUACCUGAUCUGAUAUUAGGUAAUGCUGCAGAAAUAGGAGGUUGUUGUAAAAGUUUCACAGUUCACUUUGCUUGCUUGCUUCUGAGGCAGCCUACACUACUCUCAAACGUGACCUGUUGUCAGGAAGUUCUCCCCGAAGCUUAGCCGGCACCCCCAUUCUUCUAAUUUGAACCUACUGGCUUCAUAGAAUCGCAGAGCGGGAAAGGACCUCAUGGCUCACCUAGUCCAAUCCCCUGCAAUGCAGGAAUCUCAUCAAAGUCAUCUUUAUCACCCUAUGCUUAUUAGAAAAUAUGGUAUAAAGCAGAGGCCUUUCUGGACCAGUUGUGGGAGCAAUUUUUGAUAGGCCAGUGUCAAUAGGAGGAGAUUUCAGUGAAAGAAUUGGUAUAGAAAGAGAAGAACAAACUAAGUGAGAAGGAAGUUAAACUUGCAGAGAUUAACCAGUUAAACUUCGUUGCUUAAUUUUUGAGCUAGUAACUUCUGUGAACUUACUUGCAAAGCUGAUGCCUCUCCUUAUUUUUGUGCUUUCCUUCCAAGAACCUUUUUCAUCUGGAGCAGGUAGGGUGGAAAAGGCAGAAUGUUCUAAAAAGACCAAACCCAGGGCCAGUAAAUGGUGUGUAAUGUAGAUUUGCCAUUACAUAGACAUAUGCUUUUCAGGUAGCUCAGUCGGUAGAGCACAAGACUCUUCAUCUCAGGGUUGUGUGUUCGAGCCCCAUAUUGGGCAAAAGAUUCCUGCAUUGCAGGGGGUUGGACCAGAUGUGGUCUCUUCCAACUCUACAGUUCCAUGAUUCUAUGAUUUCCUGUUGCAUCCAAGCAGGCAAUGUGGACUUAAUUGCUUUUGCUCAGCUUGGUGUGCUGAAAAUUGCUGGGGCCGCAACCCAAAGAGAAAUGGAUGCACAAGUUGCACGAAAGGUCAACCGUCUUGUGUUACGAGUUGUGUAAAGUAACCAGACCCUGGCCUUAGUUGACAUUCAUGUUGUCCCUCCAGCGUGUCGACAUAGAAAUUGCCCAGUACUGACUUUCAGUGUUUGGCUCACACUUUUGAGGAGGCAAGGCAAGGCAGGAAAGAGUUCUAGGUUAUCCAAGGUCCUUCAGUUUAUUUAUUUAAAUAUUUGUAAACUGCUAUUCCAUUAAAAAAGAAAACAUAGCAAGGCAGUGUGCACCAUAAAAUAAAAUGAAAUACUACAGUAACAUCCACAAAGGCUGGGUAUUAAAAAUGAGAUCACGUUCAAAAGGCCUGUCAGAGCUGUCCAGGUUUCAAAAGAUGUCUGAAGGAAGACAGGGAGGACUCCUGUCAGGCUUAUUGUCGGGCAAAGUGUCCCGCAGGGUAAAGACCGACCGACCCUCAGGGACUGCCAAAGUGCCCCAUCCUCUUUCCCCGUCUCUUGAAACAAAUCUGAAGUUGUUAUCCUAGCAAGAGAAACCUUUGGAAGUGCAUCGCUCAGUGAUGUAAUACUCUACCGAAGGAAAGGAGUGCUGUUUUGGAAAGAUGGGGAUGCUUGUGUUUGGAAGGGCAGGAUGACUACUCCCUAUUCUAAUUCCUGUCUGGAAUGCUCUCCUCAGAAAGGCUCGCCUGGCGCCAUCUUUACAUGUCUUUAGGUGUCAGGCAAAAACAUUUCCCUUUACCCAGGGCCUAUGGGAUAAAUAUUCUAUGGUCUGUGAAAGUGUGGGGAAGUUUUGAUGAUUAUUUUACUAUUAGGCUGUCCGUCAUUAUUUUUAAUAUGUUUUUAUUAUGAUGUUCUGUAAUGUGUUUUUAAUGGGAUCUUCUGAAAAAGCAUGGUAUAUUGAAGUAAUGAUGAUGAUGAUAAUGAUAAUAAUAAUGAUCUACUGUUUUUUUAAAGAAAGCUCUGAAUCUGGGGAUUAUGGUUCAUCUGGAGGCAGGGACUGCCUCCCCCAUCCCAGAUGCCCAUGAUAGCUGCCCAUUGUUCUGGGGAACAGUCAAGGGCAACCUAUUACACAUCUUUCUGCAUGAAAUGAAGUAUUCUUCCAGGUUAUCUGAUCUUCACCACUUUUUGAAAGUUUGGUAAAUAGGAUGACACUUCAUGGCAGCUUAGGCCCAAGAGCCUAAACAGAGCGCAAGAGGCACAUAUAAACAUUCCAUUGUUUCCUCCUCUGCAGGCAUCUCUGAUGAGGACAUAGUCAAUGUGACUCUGCCCACUGGCGUCCCAGUUCUCCUGGAGCUUGACGAGGAUCUACGCUCGCUUGGCCCGCACCAGUUCAUUGGUGACCAAGAGGCAAUCCAAGCUGCCAUCAAGAAAGUGGAAGAUCAAGGCAAAGCCAAGCCCACGCUUGAGAAAUGAAAGACUGCUUAUGCAAAAUGCUCUCCCUUUUACCUCUUACCGUGUGCAGGAAAUGGAUAGCGCUUUGUGCUUGCCCUCUGAGGACUUCCUUAAGUUCCCAGUAAGUGGUAGAUUUUUAGCAUUUUAGCACACCAUUUUUGGUUAUUCCUUAUUUCCUUCUAGCAGCUGUGUUGGAUCCUGGUACAAGUAACAGUGAAUUUUGUUACUUGUACAGAAAGCUGUUGUUAUAAACUUUCCAUAGCCUUUGUAUAAAUCUUACACUAUCGGAGAAGGCCAGAGCAAGAACCGGUACGCUGAAUAUAUAUAUUCAUCAUUGUGAUCAAUGGAGAAAACGCUUUCUGAUUUUAACCUAGGCCUCAAGUGAUAUUUACAAGUUCUCAGGUUCACAGAUGCUAAACAGUCACAUAAUUAUUUAAUUUAGAAUACCCGCUCCCCCCCCCCCAAUUUUUCUCCCCACUGUUUGCAAUUCGACAACUUCUGGUAUAGCGUUUAUCUCUGUUAAACGGAUUGGUGUGAUUUUUGUUGCAUGGCUGACUGUGUUGUUUUGAAUAAAGCCCUUAUAUUUUUACAGGCAUCAAAAUGCUCACAUUGGCUGAAUUUUCCCAAGUUUUACUUUUCAUGUUGGAGAGGACCAUUUAAAAAACAAAUCCCAGUUAGACUUGACCCAUAUGCAGUAAUGAAGGAUGGAUGUUGAUGGUACCACUUCAAAAUCUCAUUAUUAUUUUUUAAAGAUUUAUAUUCUAAAUUUUGCUUUGGAUGUCAGGAUAUAAGUUGUGCUCUAGGGAGAAGAGGCGGUUUCCAACGAAGCAAUGCACAAGGUUCAUUCAUAAAGGAGCUUUCUCUUCCUGCACACUCCCCGUGCCAUCCUCAAAUCUGCUCCUGAGGGUUAAGGAAACUUGGAUAAUAUUUUUUGGGGGGGAGCAUUCAAGCAGGGAGAGGAGAUAGAGGGAAAAUUCCAUUGCACAGUCAGAAGUUCUUUCUUUCCCGGGCUAGCAGCUCCUAUACAUUGUACCCUGUAGGAACAGUUGUUGGGUUGAUGGCAUGUUAGUCCAAAAGACCUGAAGACUUACCAGCUUUGUGAAAACUGAACUACUGGAACAUAUAAAUGUAAACUCUGAUGCUAUACAGUAGAAUGUUCUUGGGACAGCCAGGGCUGUCUUGAGUAUUCAGUUUUUAAAUAGUUCUGUAUCACUUUUCCAGGUUCAAACAGAACAUGGAAUACUAAUUGUUUUAUUUUUUAUUAUUUUUCAAUUUUUGUAUUCAUUUUAUAACACAAAUAGAAUACUAAUCUGUUUUAAGUACAGAACUAUGUAAGACAAUCACAGUCAAUGAACAAAUAGAAGGAAGCUCAGAAAGGGGAAGGAUCUACAGUCCCACUGAUCAGCGCGACCAGUUGUUUAAUUCCAGUAUUUUCCUCUCUUCCGGGGUCAUGACCUUCCAACAGGAAGGAGUGAUAAAAUAGCCAUCAAUGUCCUACAACUUCCUCUCCAGAAUCUAAUAGACCCUUGCACUACACGAGACCCCCUGUCAGCAUUUCUAAGCACAAAUGCAUUUAUUUAUAUAUUUUAGAAACUUUGAAGACAUUGCAAAGUUGUAUCCUUGACAGGGUAGGGUUUCAGGGGAGAACUUGGGGGGGGGAGAGAUCUAAAAUAAUGUGCACUACUUGUUUGCUUAUCCAAACUAAACUGCUUUUUUUGCACCUGUACAAGUGACAAAUAUAAUUCAGUUUGCACAUACAAAAUGC